UAUGUAAAUAUAAAAGAUAAUCCGGGCUGGCCCAAUUUACAAUGAGUAUGGAAGUCCCUUGACCGCCCUCGUAUAAUUCCACUUUCGGCGCUUCGUGUUUACACGCAAGCAGGUCAACUUUAGCUAACCCUCACCGCGAUACCCAGUGGCCAGAAAAGAGUGGGAGUGAGCAAUCCUAUCGCCGGUCGCUUAAAAUCUCCUUCGUCUCUCUCAGGCUCCGAGAUCUCCAUCCCUUCAGUGCAGAUUGCUGUAAUCUCAUCUCCCCGCCGAUAUCGUGAUGAGCGAUCCACCGCACGAAUUGAAGCGCGCAGCACAGCCGACGGCGAAAAGCCGGCCGCGAUCGUCUCUUUCGUCGGCGGCGGAAGUGGCGACCACUAGCGGCAAGGAUCGCGUCAGGAAAUCGAGGCCUCCGCCGCCGCCUCCGCCCCCACCGCCACCACCCAGACGGCAAGCUAGGGUUCCGCUGCGAUUGUUGUUGCAGGUGACAAUAGUGGCGAGCGGCGUGCAGUUCGGAUGGGCCCUUCAGCUCUCGCUGCUGACGCCGUACGUACAGGAGCUGGGAAUUCCUCACUCGUUUGCGAGCUUCGUGUGGCUCUGCGGCCCGCUUUCGGGGCUCUUCGUGCAGCCUCUUGUAGGCCUUAUGAGCGAUCGAUGUGCCAGCAAGAUGGGACGGCGCCGCCCUUUUAUUAUUGGUGGUGCUGCUGUCAUCGCGUUAUCCGUUAUACUGAUUGGCCACGCGGCCGAUAUUGGCGCUAUUUUUGGCGAUCCUGUCGACGCGUUGAUUCGGCCUCGUGCUAUUGCUAUAUUUGUUGUGGGUUUUUGGCUGCUUGAUGUUGGUAAUAACACCAUCCAAGGGCCUUGUAGGGCUCUUCUCGCUGAUCUCACAGGAAAGGAUCACAGGAGAACUCGUGUAGCAAAUGCAUAUUAUUCGCUCUUUAUGGCCUUGGGUAGUAUUUUUGGUUAUGCUGCUGGAGCUUUUAGUGGCUGGUUUAAGAUCUUACCAUUUACUGUCACUAAAGUUUGCAGUACAAAUUGUGCCAACCUAAAGUCAGUUUUCCUCAUCGAUGUUGUUCUUCUUGUUUUAACUACAUAUGUUAGUAUAUCUUCAGUCAAGGAAGUUCCCUUAAGUUCAACAGCUUCUUCGUAUCCUGAUGAAGAAACACCUGCCCAAGAGGCAUUCUUUUGGGAUUUGCUGGGUGUGUUUCGAUUUAUAACAUUGCCCAUUUGGAUAAUCUUAAUUGUCACUGCACUUAAUUGGAUAGGAUGGUUUCCCUUUACCCUUUUUGAUACUGAUUGGAUGGGUCGAGAAAUUUACAGAGGAGAUCCAAAUGGAGGGCAAAGUUAUCAUGCGGGAGUGAGGAUGGGAGCUUUCGGUUUAAUGUUGAAUGCAAUUGUUCUUGGGUUUACUUCAGUAAUGCUGGAAAAACUCUGCAAAAAGUUGGGAUCUGGCUUAGUCUGGGGAAUUUCGAGCAUUAUUUUAUCUUUCUGCUUGGGGGCAAUGCUCAUAAUUACUGCAGUGUUGAACAGUAUGGAGAUUCCAAGCACGGCUCCACCGCCAACUGGUAUAGUUGUUGCUGCUCUAAUUGUUUUCACCAUCCUGGGUGCGCCUUUGGCAAUCACCUAUAGUCUUCCUUAUGCAUUGAUAUCUGCUCGCAUAGAGGCUUUAGGGCUUGGACAAGGACUUGCGAUGGGUGUUCUGAACUUGGCAAUUGUGAUUCCUCAGAUCAUUGUAUCUCUUGGGAGUGGACCAUGGGAUCAGUUAUUUGGUGGUGGGAACUCUCCAGCCUUCGCUGUGGGAGCAGCUUCAGCUUUUUUUGCCGGGUUGGGGGCAAUUGUUGCUAUUCCUCGAACACAGCCUGGAAAACCAAAAGACCGCCGAUAAGGAAAUCAGAAGAAGGAAGUCCUCUUUGGAAGGAGAAUUUCGGGUGGGGGAGAGAGGAGCUUCGUCUGUGCCUUAGCAGUCAUAGUAAUCCUUUUGAAUUCCUCUACUGUACAAUCACCAAACUGUUUUAUGUCACCAGCACAAUCGAGCACCAUUUGAGAUUUUAAUGCAGAGAGAUUUCAGCGGAAGAUGGUGGCGGCCUGUUGCUCUUUUGUAUUUUCAUUCGUAAUUAAAUGUUCAUUGAAUUGAUUCGAUGUUUAUUUACUGUAAUAAUUUCCUUGCUUGAGAUGGUUUGAAUAGUUUUUGUGUUAAAAGUCCGUUGCGUUAUAAUAAAGAUGUUGAUUGAGUUCUUUCAGGAGAAAUAUCUUCGGUCGAUGUUGGUUUCGGUUUUG